AUGGGGAUGAAGAUGACCGUGGCACUGAUCGUGUUGGCAAUGGCGGCGGCGGUGUGCGGGAGGGACCUGAACCAGACGAUGGAGGCGACGGCGCAGGGCUGGCGACCGCGCGGGAGGCCGCUGGCAACGGCGCUGAUCGUGUUCGGUGACUCCAUCGUUGACCCGGGGAACAACAACAACCUGCCGGCGACGAGGAUGAAGGCCAACCACGCGCCCUACGGAAAGGACUUUGCGGGACACGUCGCAACCGGGCGCUUCUCCAACGCGCUCCUGCCACCCGACCUCAUCGCCCAGAGGCUUAACCUGAAGCAGCUGCUCCCUCCAUGGCUGAAUGUGGACCACACCCCGGAGGACCUCCUCACCGGCGUGAGCUUCGCCUCGGGCGCCACCGGGUUCGACCCGCUCACUCCCCAGCUCGUGAACGUGUUCACCAUGGACCAGGAGCUGGAGUUCUUCGACACGUACCGCCAAAAGCUCGUCGGUCUCGUCGGAGAGCAGGAGACCCGGCGCAUCAUCGACGGCGCCUUCUUCUUCGUGUGCACGGCCACCGACGACGUCGCCAACACCUACUUCAUGACCCCGUACCGCGCCUUCGACUACGACAUCCCGGCGUACGUGGACCUCCUCCUCGUCGGCGCCGAGGCCUUCCUCCGCAACACCAGCGCGCGCGGCGCCAAGAAGAUGGGGUUCACCGGGAUGCCCCCCAUCGGCUGCGUGCCCUCCCAGCGCACCAUCGGCGGCGGUGUCCAGCGCCGCUGCGACGCCCGCCGCAACUACGCCGCGCUCAUGUACAACAAGGCCCUUCAGGAGCUCAUCGGGAGGCUCAACGCCGACCCUGGGUUCCACACCCACGUCGUCUACUUCAACAUCUACGACAUCAUCUAUGAGCUCGCCGUUCAUGGCGAGCGGUGGGGGUUCACGGAGAUGACGCGCGGGUGCUGCGGCUCCGGGCUCAUCGAGGUGACGCAGCUGUGCAACACGCAGUACAUGGGGGUGUGUGAUGACGUGGACAAGCAUGUGUUCUUCGACAGCUACCACCCCACGCAGAGGGCGUAUGAGAUCAUCGUCGACCACAUCUUCAAGUACUACGUGCCGCUCAUGCAUCUCUGA